AUGGUUACCCAAGGAACAAGAUAUACGUAUUCCAGGCGUGGCUACCCAGGGAAAAAGAUAUACUUAUUCCAGGCAUGGCUACCCAGGGAACAAGAUAUACUUAUUCCAGGCAUGGCUACCCAGGGAACAAGAUAUACUUAUUCCAGGCAUGGUUACCCAGGGAACAAGAUAUACUUAUUCCAGGCAUGGUUACCCAAGAAACAAGAUAUACUUAUUCCAGGCAUGGUUAACCAGGGAACAAGAUAUACGUAUUCCAGGCAUGGUUACCAAAGGAACAAGAUAUACUUAUUCCAGGCAUGGUUACCCAAGGAACAAGAUAUACUUAUUCCAGGCAUGGUUACCCAGGGAACAAGAUAUACGUAUUCCAGGCAUGGUUACCAAAGGAAAAAGAUAUACUUAUUCCAGGCAUGGUUACCCAAGGAACAAGAUAUACUUAUUCCAGGCAUGGUUACCCAAGGAACAAGAUAUACUUAUUCCAGGCAUGGUUAUCCAGGGAACAAGAUAUACUUAUUCCAGGCAUCCAAGAAACAAGAUAUACUUAUUCCAGGCAUGGUUACCCAAGGAACAAGAUAUACUUAUUCCAGGCAUGGUUACCCAAGGAACAAGAUAUACUUAUUCCAGGCAUGGUUACCCAAGGAACAAGAUAUACUUAUUCCAGGCAUGGUUACCCAAGGAACAAGAUAUACGUAUUCCAGGCAUGGUUACCCAAGGAACAAGAUAUACGUAUUCCAGGCAUGGCUACCCAGGGAACAAGAUAUACUUAUUCCAGGCAUGGUUACCCAGGGAACAAGAUAUACUUAUUCCAGGCAUGGCUACCCAGGGAACAAGAUAUACUUAUUCCAGGCAUGGUUAUCCAAGGAACAAGAUAUACUUAUCCCAGGCAUGGUUACCCAGGAACAAGAUAUACUUAUUCCAGGCAUGGCUACCCAGGGAACAAGAUAUACUUAUUCCAGGCAUGGUUAUCCAAGGAACAAGAUAUACUUAUUCCAGGCAUGGCUACCCAGGGAACAAGAUAUACUUAUUCCAGGCAUGGUUAUCCAAGGAACAAGAUAUACUUAUCCCAGGCAUGGUUACCCAGGAACAAGAUAUACUUAUUCCAGGCAUGGUUACCCAGGGAACAAGAUAUACUUAUUCCAGGCAUGGUUCUGA